AAAAAAAACUAUUGAGCUAUUUUUUUUAGUGACAGUUCAGUCCAUCGUCAACAUAAUAAUUUUUAAUUCAUCCACGUUUACAUGUGGCAUGUGUGGUUUUAUUGUUGCGUUACAGCCGGAAGUAGGAAGUAGUACUUUCUAGCCGAUCAACCGUCAAAAUGCUGCAAACUCGGUUCAGAAUAGAUCCGCUCACCUGACCGCAACAUAACACUGCAGGGUUAUGGGGCCGGACAGUGCCCCGGGUCCAGCUGUGCCCUGGCGGAAGGUGCUGUGGGAGCGCCAGCCCUUCCCUGAUAACUAUGUGGACCGGCGGUUCCUGGAGGAACUACGGAGGAACGAGGGUCUCCGGCACUACCAUUACUGGGCGGUGGUGAAGGAAGCAGGCUUUGUGGGACAGCAGUUGUCCUGUGUGGCCAUUUUCAUCACCAUCUGGCUGUACAUGGAGCAGGGUCUGCUGUCCCCUGAGGUGCUGUUGUCGUCCAGCCUCGUCUGUGGCCUGUUGGGUUAUGGACUGCACCAAGCCUUGACACCUCAGGUUGAAUCGGGCUGUGAGCCUCGUACCCGUCUGGCUGACUUGCAGAGUGUCACUGUUUUUCUGUCCUUCACCUUUGGCUUCUCGCCGGUUCUAAAGACACUAACGGAGUCCGUUAGUACGGACACAGUGUACGCCAUGUCUGCCGUGAUGAUGCUGGCCCACCUGGUUUUCUUCCCUUACGCCCAGCCCUCACCCCCGGGCAGCCUCUCCCUAAACGCAGCUCUGUUUGCCUCUGUGUGUUUAGCCUCUAGGUUGCCCGGGGCGCUGCACACCUUCGCCAUGCUCAGCUGUGCCCUUCUGGUGUUUGCCCUGUGGCCGUGUCUGCUGCAGAGGCUGAGGGAGAACGCUCCCGGCCACUUUACUGGGUUGUGUGUGGGGAUUUGUAUCGGAGGGGUGGGAGGCCUGGGCUCCCAGUGGCUUGGUGGAGCCGUGCUGUUGGCCCUGGCCCUUGGAAGUGUAACGUUACUCUGUCCCUUACUGCUGGUCCGACUGCAGAGGCACAAGGACAACAUCCAAGGACCCUGGGAUGAAGCCGAGAUUCACGAGGACCUCAGCCACUUUCUUCACUAAUAGACAGAGGCGUGUUACUAAACCAUACACACUAAUUUUCCUCUUAAGCAAAAUGAAAAUUUUAUAUGAAUUAAUUUACUGUCAGUCCAAGUGUCAUGCUGGUGCUGUACAUAAAAUCUGACAAAAGUAUUUUAUCAUUGAUCCACAUUUGUUUGUCUGCCAUGUGUACUUGUUAUUCUCUUAUGGAGAAUAUGAAAAUGUUUUAAUGUUAAAGCUGCUACUGUCUUGAGUGUUGACUUCUGAAUUUGUAUGGAUAUUAUCGACUAAUGUAAAAUGCUGACCUUUAUUACUGGACACGCACUAAUGCAGCGCACCAAGUUCAUAUCAGUGAUUUUUGAAUAAUCUGUGGGAGACGUUGGUUAACCGUUGUGUACACUAUGUUGUUGAUGUGUAAGAGAAUGGAUGGAUGUGUAGUGUUUAACAGAGGGGUUUGGUUAUGAACAAGGGCUAAACUUCCAGUGCAAACUAUAUUUAAAUAAAAUAUGAAUUGUGUGAUUUUUAAGUUUAAUUUUUACCAUUAAAAUUGUGUCUUAUCUA